UCUGUCGCAAUCAUCAAUGUCGGCUGCUGUACACAACCUAUCUACAUUGUAAUGAAUCUAAUUUAUUGAAAUUAGCUGUGGAACCAGCAGAUUCUUUUGUAUGACUAAGGAUUACUAUAGGAUUGCUCUGUUAGUAAGGUCCAUGAGCGCCGAACGCAAUGAAAUUGUCUAAAUACAGCAUCUGUUUCGUUUCUCUGCGGCUGGGUUGUUGGGACUUUAUUAUGAAAUACUAGUGAAAUGAAAUCUAACAGAAGUUUUGAAUUUUUGUCGAAUAUUUUUGAAUUAUGGAUGCUAAACGGAGGAAUGACAGAACGCCGGAUAGCCCGUGAUACUGGUCAUAAUUUAACAAGGGCUCAAUGCUGACGGAAUAAAUAUUCAACCGAUAAUCAAAAGAAAAAAACCCAUAUCCAUGGCAAUGGAAAGGGAGGGAGACUUCAGAUCGUGGUGAGCAAACAGUUAUAUAACAGUGGCGAUCAAAGAUUCCGUCAUGUUCGGAAUGGAGAUUAUGCAAAACUUCAGCAAUGGGACUCCCGAGUCUUACAGUAGCGUGGGGUAUGAGAUGAGACUGCUGGCUAAAAACAGCCCCGACCACCAUCCCCCCGCCUUGACCGGUGUUAUAUCAAAUGAAUCUUUUUCACAGGUGAAGGUUCAAAUUUGUGUGCAGUUUUUUAAAGUCGGGGAAAUAGAUACACUGAAAGAGCAAUUCACAGCGGAUGUGAUAGUGAAAGCGAAAUGGAGGGAACCGACAUUGGACGGACAAAAUAAAACGUCUGAAUCAAUAGAAUUUAACAAGCUUUGGAAUCCUAAAUUGUAUAUCGAAAACUCUCUCGGUGACCCAAAGGAACAGAUUCGAUACCGGCUGCUCUACAAUGAUAAAGGAGAGGCCUUCGUCACGGAAAAGAGGGUUAUAAAGGGCACUUUCAUGGAGAAUUUGGAAUUGGAUGACUUCCCAUUCGAUGUACAGGAUUUAACCAUUACAGUUGCCUCCGAGCUGCCAUCAUAUGAGGUGGAAUUAAUAGAAGAUCUAGAUGACCACCAUGUAGUUAAUAAGCAAUCGUUUGUUGAUGAACAAGAAUGGCAUUUAUAUAUGCAUACUGAGUGCUCACGAAGGGACCUAGUGAUUGACCAAGCAGACAACAGUGUCCGGCGCUCAGCUCUUUCCGUAAAAUGCCGUGCUGCCCGAAGACCGGGUUAUUUUGUGUGGAAUAUAUUCCUAGUCACGUUUUUAAUAUGUACCUUAGCUUUUGCCACGUUUUCGGUGAAAAAAACAUUACCCCAAAAUCGCCUCCAGCUGUCUUUCACAUUAGUUCUCACUGCAGUGGCUUUCAAGUCGGUUGUCAAUUCCAGCCUACCACGGAUAUCGUAUCUAACUUACAUGGAUAAGUAUCUACUAGCGGCAAUGAUCAUGCUGUCAGCAGUGUGUGUGUGGCAUGCUCUGGUCACUGUUGUCCAAGAAACUAUCGCUGACCGAGCAGAAACGAUAGUCCUCAUCGCCCUUGGCGUCAUAUAUGUCAUCUAUAAUGUCGGCUUUCUCAUCAUAAUUUACCUGUAUCCAUGGAAGAAAAGAAGAACAAUGGCCCAGAAAGACCGAGAUUACACAACAGUACAGAUCCUUCAGUCCAGAGGUCUAGAGAAAUCGGGAUUAGGAAGAAGAAAAUUACCAGUCUUACUGAGACAAGCAGGAAGGACUUCGGCUGGUGAAGAGCAAACUAUAAGGAGGGGGACCGAUUCGGACCGCGGCCUGUCGGAAUUGGUCACCUCACACCAGCACUCUGUUGUCGAUCUACAUGCAAUAUCCUCAACAAUCGACACACAUCGCUAUCAAAACGAAUCUCUGUAAAGGACACAGCCACGCCAAAACAGAAAUCCAAAGAAUCCGAAAAAAUAUGCACCAAAGGCGUGACUUUGUGAAGACGAAUGUUCAGCACAUUUCAGUGUUCAUUCCGUUUGUUAUUCGUUCAUUGUUUAACUGUUGUUACGGUGUUAUAUGCCACUUAUUGACAGCAAACGCCAUGUUUCAAUACUAAUUCACAGGUCAAAAUGUUGGUCAUUUCGUUAACGUGGUUACCCCCCGUGUAAUAUAGCAACACAUGAAAACAUGACGGGGGAGGUUUGAUAAAUUUAUCCUGUUUAAUACCUAACAAAGUGACACACUAAA